UUUUUGGUCUGGUAGCCUAUUAGAAUUAUUAAUGGGACGCGUUAUUCGUGCUCAGCGCAAAGGCGCCGGCGGUAUUUUCAAGUCUCAUACUAAACAUCGCAAAGGACCAGCCAAAAUUCGUACUUUGGAUUAUUCGGAAAGGCACGGCUACAUUAAAGGUCUUGUGAAAGAGAUUCUGCAUGAUCCUGGUAGAGGCGCCCCACUAGCUAAGGUCGUAUUUCGUGAUCCUUAUCGAUACAAAUUAAGAACGGAAUUAUUUAUAGCCGCGGAAGGAAUUUAUACUGGACAGUUUAUAUACUGCGGAAAGAAGGCUAACUUAAGCGUUGGCAACGUUCUUCCCGUUGGAGAAAUGCCAGAAGGCACCAUAGUUUGUAAUGUAGAGGAAAAGAAGGGUGACCGCGGAUCUUUAGCUAGAACUUCCGGGAACUUUUGCACUGUUGUAGCUCAUAACAAAGACACAAAGAAGACGAAGAUUUCCUUACCGUCUGGCGCAAAGAAAAUCAUUCCCUCCGGUAACCGCGCUAUAGUCGGCAUCGUAGCAGGAGGCGGGCGCCUGGACAAGCCCUUACUAAAGGCCGGAAAUGCCUACUACAAGUACAAAGCUAAGAGAAACUGCUGGCCGCGUGUACGAGGCGUUGCCAUGAAUCCCGUCGAGCAUCCACACGGGGGUGGUAACCACCAACACAUCGGACAUCCCUCGACAGUUCGUCGGGACGCCCCACCAGGCCGAAAAGUCGGACUUAUCGCUGCCCGCCGCACUGGCCGAAUACGGGGCGGUCAGCGGUCAGUGCAGAAAGACGUCUAAAUUUAUAAUAAAUAGUAUGUGUAUAUGC